AAGGAUGACAAACUCUAGACCCAAUGGGGUAGUUAGAUGUGUAUGGACCAAUCUUCAAAUCUGACAAAGACCAAAAGUGACCAAGGCCACAAGCGAGAUGCUGGUGGCCUUGAGUCCCUACGCACAGUUCCAGCCAAGCUGCUUCCACCUCGUGAAGAUGGGUUUUGUGAUGGGUUGCACCGCGGGCAUGGUGGCGGGGGCGCUCUUCAGCAUCUUUUCCUGUCUCAGGAUUGGAAUACGGGGUCGGGGUCUGAUGGGCGGUGUCAGGAAAACCAUGAUGCAGAGCGGCGGCACCUUUGGCACAUUCAUGGCCAUCGGGAUGGACAUCUGAUGCUAAUCAGGGCAGUGGUUGUCCACUACAUCCACCCCCUCACAUCAGUCCCAGUCCGUGUACCAUAAUAAAACAAGUCUUUGAUUUAAGAAAAAAAUUUGACGAAGACCAGACCAGCAUAGUUGCCCUUGUGAAAUCUAUAACCAUAUUAUUGCCAUAGAUAAACAGAUUAUAGGGUUCUUCUGAAGGCAGGACUCUAAACUACCUUGUACUUGGACAAGUUAGUUGUUAGUUUAGUACUAGUGCACAAAGAAAAGAGUGCCACCUGCUGGACCAGCAAUGAUACUCCCUCCCGGGCCAGGGCUACAUGGCAAGGAAGACAGACACUCUGAUCCAAAUCAAAUUCAUAUGCUUGCCUUUAAAUUAGUUUAACAGACAUUUGGCAUUAUUCAGCUGUUCCUUAUAAGCUUCUUUUGCUCAGCUGACAAAUGAAUUGUUCUUCCAGAAUAGACUUUUCCUGUCGAAUUUAUUUGAGGGGCUAAUUCAAUUAUUUUAUAUUUCAAGAUUAUACUUACUGCUUAUAACACAUGAAUUAUAAUCCAUUUUGUAAAGCACUGUCUCUUGAAUUUUUCCUCUUGCAGUCUCAGUUCACUCUUUUCUAUACAAUGCAAGUCACCAAUACAUUAAUUCCCCUAGUCAUGUAUCAAUAGUUGUGAAAAGUAAUAUGCCAGGGCUCUGACUUCUAUUCUGGCAUGCUUGAAUGGCGAGAUGGGAGGAAGUAUUGGCAAGGAACCCCAGGGGGAUGCAGGAACAGUGGGACUGGUCCAUCAAGGUGGGGAUGGAUAUUAUAUCACUGAUAUUGUUUAGAAUUUCUGUACAUGAUGAUAAAAAAAUACAAGCUGACUUAGUUUUAUUAUUUCUUUUCUGUUCUCUACCAUGUAUCUCUUAUUGCCUGAACCAAGGACAGACCACUCUCACAGCAUCUUCCCAAUACACCGCCAAAUAUUUGCACUCACAAAUAGUGUGAGGAGAAGGGCAGAGAUGUCCAGAUUUCUAUGCCUUGUGUAUGAAAGAAUGUAUCCUUCUAUAUUGGCAUGAUUUAGUGAACCUGAUUAAAACUGUCUUUAUCCA